GCCCUGUCACUCGAGGAAAUGGUGACUGGCAACACCGCGUGACUGGUUGACCCUGGUGACCCAAACACUGGACCGGUGUGGGGCCGUGGGCAGUUACCAGAUAGCGCUCUUUUCCCAUACUGCUUAUCUCGUUAUCUUAGGGUGGCAUGUUGAUCGGUGUGGCUCCGGGGCACCUUUGACUGGCGCGGUUCAUGGUCACUGGUCACUGGUCACCGCCUCGCUCAGUCAUCCCUCAGCCAGCCAGCAGCCCCCAGGAGCGGCCGCCUUCGCCUUGCCACUAGUUGCCGUGAAGGACAGACCACCAAGAUGAAUGAGUAUAUAAUGGAAUUGGUGGCAAUCUUCAGCACCACCACGCUGCUGGGCAUGGGCAUUGCUGCUCUCCUCAAGAUGUUCAACCUCCCCUUCAUUUGGAUGCACCCAGUGGAGAAGGACAGCAAGCGUCACGGUGGGGAGUUGGUGGCCGAGGUGCUGAAGUCCCAUGGUGUGCGGCACAUUUUCACCCUGCCUGGGGGCCACAUUUCCCCCAUUGUGGUUGCUGCAGAGAAGCUUGGUAUCCAGAUUGUUGACACCCGUCAUGAGGCAGCAGCAGCGUUUGCAGCUGAUGCUGUGGCUCGCAUGUCUGGAACUGUGGGUGUGGUGGCAGUCACGGCUGGUCCGGGGCUUACCAAUGCUGUCACUGCCAUCAAGAAUGCUCAGAUGGCACAGAGUCCUGUACUUCUCAUUGGAGGUGCCUCAGCAUCUAUAUUGAAGGGACGUGGUGCAUUACAGGACAUAGAUCAGAUGUCACUCUUCAAGCCACUUUGUAAAUUGUGUGUCACAGUGACUUGUGUGAGGAAUAUUGUGCCAACAGUACUGAAAGCACUGCAAGAGGCACAGUCUGGUACCCCUGGACCGGUGUUCAUUGAGUUUCCCAUUGACGUGCUGUAUCCUUACCACAUGGUGGCCAAGGAGAUAGGAGUGAAGUCUGAGGCCAAGUCUAUCAUGCAAAGAAUAGUCAACUGGUAUCUUGGGAACUACCUGGACAAUCUGUUUGCUGGGGCAUGGGACCCUCAAGACACAAAGCCACUCAAGGUCAACAUUCCAUUUGCCUCGACUGACAUGGUGAGUCAAUGUGUGGAGAUUGUGUCCCGCAGCAAGAAGCCGGUGAUCUUGCUUGGGAGUCAGGCCACUCUCCCACCCACCCCUGUGGAGGACCUGCGUCGUUCCCUGGAGAGUCUUGGCAUCCCUUGCUUCCUAGGGGGCAUGUCACGGGGCCUGCUGGGACAGAAGAGUGCUAUACAGAUGAGGCAGCGGAGAAGAGACGCCCUGAAGGAAGCUGACAUGAUCAUCCUUGCUGGUGCUGUGUGUGACUUCAGGCUGUCGUAUGGCCGAGUGCUGGGGCGACAGGCCAAGAUCAUUGCUGUCAACAGGAACAAGAAAGAACUGUACAAGAAUUCAGACAUGUUUUGGAAGCCUCGUGUGGCAGUCUUGGGAGAUGUGGGAACCUUCCUCAGAGAUCUUUCAGCAGGUCUGGCUGGCUACCAGUGUGAUGCUGAUUGGCUGUCAACACUGAGGGAGAGGGAUGAGACCAAGGAGGUUGCCAACAUGAAGAUGGCAGAGGAACCAACAGAAGUUCACCUGAAUCCCAUGAAGGUGUUGACUGAGCUGGAGGAACUGUUACCUUCCAAUGCAGUGCUGGUGGCUGAUGGAGGGGACUUUGUGGCCACUGCUGCCUACAUCCUAAGACCACGAGGCCCACUGACAUGGCUUGACCCUGGAGCAUUUGGUACUCUGGGUGUGGGUGGAGGGUUUGCCCUGGGUGCCAAGCUGUGCCGGCCAGAUUCACAGAUUUGGAUCAUAUAUGGAGAUGGGUCGCUGGGUUAUUCCCUUGCAGAAUUUGACACAUACACACGGCACAAGACUCCAGUCAUUGCUCUUGUGGGCAAUGAUGCAGGGUGGACUCAGAUUGCCCGAGAGCAAAAACCCAUGCUUGGCUCCACUGUUGGUUGUGACCUGGCGCAUUGUAACUACCACAUAUCAGCAGAGGGACUGGGUGCUAAAGGCGUCCUCAUUGGCCGCAACGAUGACAUCAAAAGCAAGCUAAAAGAAGUUCAGAAGCUCUAUGCAGAAGGUCACUCUGUUUUGGUCAAUGUUAUGAUUGGCAGCACAAAGUUCAGGGAAGGCAGCAUAUCUGUCUAGCUUAAUGUUUUCACAAUGGAUUACAGUGGCACAGGUUGAUGAGAAGUACAGGAAGGUCAUUGUGAAGUUCUUGAUCUCCCUCACAGAGUAUGCCACAAGUAAAUCUUGUAUUCAUGGUGGAAUUGCACUGCUUGAAAAUCAGCAGACUGAGUGUAUUGGAGUGGAAGUAGUGUUGAGAAGUAAUGUAUAAUGAUAUAUUACUCUUAUGACUUUUUCUGGGUGAGGCUGAGAACUUUAGAAUGAUUUAAUAAGCACUGCUGCUACAUCAACCAUUAGUGGUGCUGUCAGUGUUUGUGUGAGCAGCAUGGUAAUGAGACUCCUCUAUUGUAUGUUUAAAUCAAUACCUAACGUCACUGAGUCUUCAACAUCAUAUAAAUGCAGUUCAGAAAUAUGUUGUUCUUUGUGUGAGUGAAAUAUGCAAAAGUAGAAGAUAUUUAUUCUUUUAAAAUGAUUGUUUUAUUUGUAUUAUAAUGUUAUAAUUCAUUACUUUAUAUGAAAAAAUAGUAUCUGAGAAUGGUUGUACAUUGUGCUACACUCGAGUUUCAGUCUGCCUGGGCUUGGGAACACACACUCCAUAUCAGCACCGGAGGGGAGUUGGUGCUGUGUCUGAUAAAUAAUUCCCUCAAGGUCAUGGGAUAGGUGUGUUCCUUGCUCACCUUGAAUGCAGCUCUGUUGUGACUUCAUCCUCUUGCUUGGUUGUAUCAUAUCACAACUUGAGUGGUUUGGCCAAAAGUUAAAUACUCAUUUGGACUCAAAACUUUAAUCUUUGGACUGUUGUGUGGGUGGCAAGUACAACGAAGUUUUCCUGGUUGUCUAUAAUGAUGAUUUGGAAAAAAAUCUGAAUUGGAAGUUCCUAAAUUUAGGUUUUGCUUCACAUCAUAAAGGUUUGACCAGUGCAUUUUAGUAAAACUUACAUAGGUGAACAAUUUUAUAAGAUGACUGGAAGCUCUUAUGGUUGACUCUAAAAGUACAUGACAAUUAACAAAGUAAAAUUUUGAUAUGUAUAUACCUUUGUAUAUACAAGAGUAUAUAGAAAAGUCAACAAUUCAUCCAUAUUUUUGGUUGAUAGAGUGAAACAGCAGGUAAGCUUCAUUGCUGGACCAUGGAUUGAGAUUGACAUCCAUUCCUUCUCCAAGAAGUCACCCAAAGACUGAUAUCUAGUGAGACAAUAAAGAGAAAAGGAAAAUACCUACUUAUUCAUUAUUUUCAUUACAUGAUACAUUAUUGCUGUAUAUCAGUAAACUUGGAGGAACAUUUGAGGUGAAUUUACUCAAGUGGUCCUGCAUACACUGUCCAACACCCAUUGUACAGGCAAAGGCAACAUUUAUUUGCCUUCAUGAGACAUAUAUGAGUGAUAUUUAUACAUGCACAUACAAUUCUCUGAAAUGGAUAAAUAAAUGUUUUGCAUAUUUUAUAGUGAAAUAUAAACUUUUCUCCCAUC